GGGAGGGAGUGUGUAUAUAUGUGUAUAAGAUUCGGAAAAAUACCCAAACGUGGGAGCGGCGAGCGCGCGUGCUUGCCGGCCUCCGCCCGCGCGCCAAGUCCAGGCUGCGCGCGCACCCCACCCGAGAGAGGGAGGCGAAGAAGAGGAGAGAGGCGCGAGCCGUGCGGGCUGGCUCUGAGCGGAAGGAGAAGGGCCUCGGGCUGGGGAAUGGAAGCGGAGAAGAUGGACGAGAAUGAAUGGCGCUACCACGGGGAGGGCAACAAGAGCCUCGUCGUCUCCCACAGACAGCGUUGUGUGGUGCUACGCUUUUUGAAGUUUCUUCCAAACCGAAAUAAGACACCUGAAGAAAUCUUUCACCAUCUUCAGAAUAUAGUUUACUUUGGCAAACACAUAAUGAAGCAGUUUUUUGGAGAAAAAUACAUCCAUCAUGGGGAGGUUGUACAGCUAUCUUUGGACUUUGUGAAACAACUUUGUUUAAAGAUCCAGUCAGAGCGACCAGAGUCUCGUUGUGAUAAAGACAUGGAUGCCCUUAGUGGUUAUGCUAUGUGCCUUCCUAACCUCACUAGGCUACAUUUUGUUGAACAUCGUCCAAUACUCUGUAUAGAGAUUAAGCCCAAAUGUGGGUUUCUCCCUUUUUCAAGCCAUGUUUCCCAAGAGAUAAAAUACAAAGUGUGUCGGUAUUGCAUGCAUCAGCAUCUAAAGGUAGCAAAAGGAAAGUGGAAACGGCUCAGUAAAUAUUGUCCUCUAGAUCUCUUCUCAGGAAAUAAACAGCGAAUGCACUUUGCCUUGGGAAGCCUACUACAGGAGUCACAGAAUAACUUAAAAAUAUUUAAGAAUGGUGAAUUAAUUUAUGGUUGUAAAGAUAAUGAGGAUUCUCUGUCAGACCUGAAUGAACUUGCUCACCACCUGAAGCCUUUCUUCUUCCCCGCCAACGGCCUGGUCAGUGGGCCACAUUGUACAAGGACUGUCCUGAAGGAGUUGAUCCACGUCAUCACCCUGGCUUUGCUGAGUAGUACAGACCUCUGCAAAGCAGGCGACAUGAAGAUUGUCCCCUCGUCACAAGGAAGGAGCUACUGUGAAGCCAGUGCUUUCAGUAAAGAGCUAGUAAGGAAUGGUAAAAAUAAGAUGGAGACUUCUGGCUUGCCAAGAGACUGUCUCCUCUACAAAACGCUCCAGGCUCAGAUGCUGGAUAUGCUGGAUAUUGAAGGUGUUUAUCCCUUGUACAACAGAGUAGAGCAAUACUUGGAAGAGUUUCCCAGUGAAAGGAAUAUGCUACAAACCGAUGGGCCAUAUAAUGAAUCAUUUUAUGAGAAGCUACUAGACCUCUCAACUGAAGAUGAUGGAACAGUAGGCUAUUCUUUGACAAAGGUUCAGCAGUACAGAGUUGCAAUGACGGCGAAGGACUGCUCCAUCAUGGUUGCCCUUUCACCUUGUCAACAGGAUGAAUGUUCGGAGCAGAGGCCAGUGCUUCUCACCUCAAAAUCAAGAUUCACGUUUUCACUGUCAGUUCUGGACUUAGACCUUAAGCCCUACGAAAGCAUUCAGCAUCAGUACAAACUGGACGAGAAGAUCGUCAACUACUAUUUGAAGAACACGCAGGCCAAAGAUGACUCAGUGAUGUCCAGUCUUUUGAAAGGAAAUGAAGACUGCACACUUGUCCUCCACAAGAUGUAACUGGCUAGAUAUUUAUUGAACACAGGGAAAGGGGAGAAUUAAGUUAUGUUGUUUUCUUCUUUUUUUUCUUUCAGUUGUGCUUUACAUUUAUAUGCCUUUCAGAGACAUGGAUUUGCCACUGAGACCACCUUGACAGAAUGAGCUUAUUGUAAAACUAGUGUGUGCAUUGAGCCUACGGCCAAGAGCAAAGGGGUUGCUGUGAAAGUGGUUAAGUUUGAAUCAAGUGGUUGCUCUAUAAAUUUUUAAAAAGAAGUGCUUGCAUUGAAGCCUUUUCAGUGUCGGAAGCAGCAUUCGCUACAAGGUCUGCAAAGAGAUGUAAUUCUGUGAACAAUGUGAAUUCUUGCCAAUGAAGGGUAAAACGUGGACUAGCUCACAUUAAAAACCUUUUAUUCAUAAAGUACUGCUUGUGUAGCAGCUUCAGUGUGAACAGAAACCUAGUUUUCAUCAUCUCGUGAAAAGACUACACUUUGGUGUUGCUCUUCAAAUUGGUUAGAGAAAUGCAAGUAAACAUUUAAAACACUGAUUUAAGACUAUAGAGAAAAAACGCCUUCUGUCAAUUACUGAUUAUUAAAGCUAUCAAAAUAUAUUGUUUUUUCUUAAAAUAGGAACUGCUUAAAAAGAAGCCUGUGGCCUAAUUCAGUCUCAGACAAACCCUUUCUAACAAUCAAGUGCUAGCGCCAUUAUGCUCAGCUGUUUUUCAGUAACGUGUAGGUUUCAUAGAAAAGAUAUCCAUUGUGCCUCGCUGAUAUUGGGAUAUUUUCCUAUGUAAGCAAUCUAUUUGAAAGCUUAACUUGAGGCAGCUUCUCAAUCUGAAAUUACUUGCUUUACAUUUUCCUGAUGGGUAGGUUUUAUUUUUCUAUUCAUAUUUUGGUUAAUUCCCCUUCAGGUAGUUUUGCUUUAUAAGGCUUGCAAACAUAAUAGCGAUUGAGGUUUUCCAACUUCAACUCUCUGAAUUAGAAACUUGCCUCUCAUUUAUCUUGGUAUUAUCUUCAGCAAAGGGGCAUUUUCCUUAGAAGUGCCUGUGUGUGGUUUGUUACUACCCUUUGCCAUGCCUUGUAUACAAAAAUAGGACAAUAGCAGAAAAAAUAUGCCUUAGGUUUGGCACAACAUUUUUUUUCAUUAUCAUGUACCACGUCAGUGGGUUUAACUUGUGGAGCUGUAGGAAUGUCUCUCUGCUUCGGCAGGCAGCACAAUGAUGUCUCUGGAUUUGAAACUCUGGGGAUACGUAACUCUUAUUGCAGAAAUGGUCCUGUGGGCUGCCUGGUGGCAAGAUAUCCUUCACAUGAGCCUCAUACCGUAGAAGCAGGGGAAGGCCUCAGAUGUUAGGUGGAGGUGCUUCAGCUUAAAGCUGCUUCAUUCAGAAAUGGCGUGCAUGGAUCCAGAGCUGAGUUUCUCCCCCAGACGGCAGGCUCCCCAUCUGGCUGCAGGAGGAAGAGGCCUGGUUUACACAGUCAUUCUCUUGCCACUCUAACUUAGCUGCUACAGCAGGCAUGGGCCAACGUCAGCCCUCCAGGUGUUUUGGAUUUCAACUCCCACAAUUCUGUUAGGAAUGGUGAGAGUUGAAGUCCAAAACACCUGGAGAGCUGACGUCGGCCCAUGUCUGUGCUAUAGUAACUCUAAUUGUAAGAUUAUGAAGAUAUAUUACUUUAAUAUUUAUUCUUACGUCAGUUACAACCAAAUUCUAAUUUUAUGGGAAUCUAAUUAUGCUUCUGCCCCGUUCGUAUUCUAAAACAGUUUGGUGGCAUCUGUCCUGCAUUGUUAUGUGUGGCCAUGGGGAAGGUUCAAUGUCACAGGGUGUCAGGUAGUCCAAGCAUCGGUCUCUGAAAUAAGACUUGAUUAUUCUUGGUAGUUUACAGAAUUACAGAUUUCAAUUUACAGAAUUUCAUAAACCUGGUAUGCCUACUGAUUGAUCACAUUUGUAUUUAAAUGAGCAAGCAAAUGUGAAAGUUGCUGUGGUGCUGCGGUGGUGGUGUUCAGGGUUGGUAUUUUCCUCAAAGACUGAAGCUUUGGCAGGAAGAACUGCCAGUUCCAUUGCUCCGUAAGCAAUACAAGGCAAUGGAACAAACAACGGCAUUAAGGAGCAUUUCUGAGUUGGCAUGCUUCUGAUUAAGUCAGUGGUUCUCAACCUGUGGGUCCCCAGAUGUUUUGGCCUUCAACUCCGAGAAAUCCUUACAGCUGGUAAACUGGCUGGGAUUUCUGGGAGUUGUAGGCCCAAACACCUGGGGACCCACAGGUUGAGAACCACUGGAUUAAGUCAAGUUCUACAUCAUCUGUAUCUAUGGACACAAAGGAAUUUAAAAAUGACCUAAAAUACUUGGUUUGGGAGUUAGGACCCACCUUUGUAAAACAGCUACAAACUUGGUGUUCUGGUACACUUCAAAUCAACUUUUGUGUCAACAGUGGGAGAAUAUAGGUAUUUUUACCUAUAUGUUGAGAGUUUUGAUGCAGAUACUAUGUCCUAGAAGUGUAGUUAGAAAAAACCUAAUUCCUACAGAUCUAAAUCUGGAAAGGAAAUACAUACAAAAACCAACGCCUGGAUUAAGUUUUUAAUUAGGUCAUUGCCCUUUCUUCCUGUUUUUUGUAUACAUUUGUACACUUGUAUGUACUUUGUUUUGAUCCACUGCAAAUUAAAAUACCACAAUUCAGUUUUAUGAGGAAAGUGUAAUAGAUCUGGUUUUGCCUUCAGUCACUGGUUGUGGAAGAAGUAGUAGUUGUGCUACUGUUGGGAUAUUUUGUAUCUUAAACUUUAUUUCAUUACACUUCUGGGUACCAUUGAAACCAUUUGCAUAUACAACUGUGAACAAAAACUGCCACUUUUUGCAAACUUGAAUUGAUCGGGUUGAUCUGAAGAACUCCUAAGAAAUGCUACAGAGGGGUAAAACCACUUUGACUGUGAGGAAGUCAGUUUUUAAAUGAAAUUCACUCAACUUGUACCUUAUUAUUUAGCAUUUUGUAUUUAAAUGGCUGUAUUUAUUUGUCUGACAAUUUAUAUAUAUGUGCCAUAAUUGUACAGAUAGCAUGUUUUAUGGAUAUAGUUUGUAAAUGGAAAAUAAUUUAAUGUUUAUAUUCAUUAAAGCUACGGAUGCAUAACAUAA